UUUAACUGUUAAACAUGAGCAAGUCUUUGGUUGACACACCACGCACCUUCGAGGACAUGAUGCGUAUGCCAGUUCUCUUCUAUCGAAGCAUUGGCGAGGACAUCUAUGCCCAUCGUUCAAGAAAUCCAUUGAAAUCGCUUUUCUUGAGAAUUUACUUAUAUGCGGGCUUUAUUAAUUUCAAUCUCCUGGUGAUUGGUGAACUGGUCUUCUUCUACAAGUCACUGCAGGACUUUGAGACAAUUCGUCUGGCCAUUGCUGUGGCUCCUUGCAUUGGUUUCUCUCUGGUGGCGGAUUUCAAGCAGGCAGCCAUGGUAAUGCAUAGGAAAUUGCUAAUAGAACUGCUCAACGAACUGGAGGAUAUGCAUCCAAAGACGCUGGAAAAACAACGUGACUACAAAAUGGAUCAAUUUGAACGAACCAUGAAGCGGGUGAUCAAUAUUUUUACAUUCCUCUGUUUGGCCUAUACGACAACAUUUUCAUUUUAUCCGGCCAUUAAGGCGGCGGUUAAAUACAAUUUCUUGGGCUAUGAAAUAUUUGAUAGGAAUUUUGGUUUUCUCAUUUGGUUUCCAUUCGAUGCGACGAGAAAUAAUCUCAUCUAUUGGAUAACCUAUUGGGAUAUUGCCCAUGGGGCAUAUUUAGCUGGCAUUGCCUUUCUGUGUGCCGAUUUACUUCUGGUUGUGGUAAUAACGCAACUUUGUAUGCAUUUCAAUUAUAUAUCGAUGCGCUUGGAAUCACAUCCCUGCAAGCGAGAUGGUAAAGAGGCGGACAAGGAGAAUAUUGAAUUCCUAAUACAAAUGAUACGCUAUCACACAAAGUGUCUUAAUCUCUGUGAACAUGUUAAUAGUCUAUAUAGCUUCUCGUUACUUCUAAACUUUCUAAUGGCCUCCAUGCAGAUUUGUUUCAUUGCCUUUCAAGUGACUGAAUCUACACUGGAAGUGAUUCUUAUCUAUUGCAUCUUUUUGAUGACUUCAAUGGUUCAGGUGUUUUUGGUUUGCUAUUACGGAGAUGAAUUGAUAGCAGCGAGCCUGCGAGUGGGCGAUUCAGCGUAUAAUCAAAAAUGGUUUCAAUGCAGCAAAACCUAUUGCAAAAUGUUGAAGUUAUUGAUUAUGCGUAGCCAGAGACCCGCUGCCAUAAAGCCACCCACAUUUCCACCAAUUUCUCUGGUUACCUACAUGAAGGUGAUAAGUAUGUCGUAUCAGUUCUUUGCCUUGCUCCGAACCACCUACAAGGAUAACUGAGUUUCCUAAUCUGUGAUGACCCAAGAUGAACUCGUCAAGUUGCUUGCCCUUAUGUUAGUGCCGAAAUCUUAAUUAC